AUGGCUACAUUUGAAAUUUGUGCCAAAAUUCCCGACAAUUUGAGAAAAGAGAUUAAAUCAUUUCACAUUUUUAAACAACAAGGUGAAAACACGACAAACAUAUUAUUUGUGACAACCGGUGAUCUGGUCUAUGGGUUGGGCAGCAAUAAUGGAGGAGUGCUGGGGUUGGGACACAAACGACCCAUACAUACGCCCGAAGAAGUGCCACAAUUAAGUCACCAGAAUAUUCAACAAUUUUACAUUGAAAGAACCUAUGGGUUAGCAUUGAAUAGGGAUCGCCAGUUGUUUCAUUGGGGUCGUAAAUGUAACAAGGCAGUUUACAACACAGAUUAUAAUAAACCACAAAAACUAUUAUUAUGCGCAUCACGUGACGUAUGCGUUGCCAAAGUAUCCUAUGAUUGGGGAGCAGUGAUUGCCCUGACAUGUGAUGGCCGGGAAUUAGCGGCCAUAGAGUGUAUGAAUAUAAUGAAGAACUCAAUUGCUCAAACAUUAAACACAAUACAGCAUAAUGGGUCCGGCGGUUUUGGCCAAGUGUUUGAAGUGAGGGAUAAACGCAAUGGAAAUAAUUAUGCACUUAAAAAAUGUUUUUUAAAUAUUGAAGACACAUAUAAUGAUGAGAAAAAACAACAAAUAUUAAGCGAGGUGGACAAAUUGAAAAAACUGCGCUCAAAUUAUGUCGUAACUUAUAUCUUCUCGUGGUUGGAAGACAAUCAUCUGUACAUUCAAAUGGAUUAUUACAAUCAAAAUCUACAGACGAUUAUAGACAACAAACCCGAUGUAUUCGGAAGACAAUCGGAAGAAGUGUUGAAUGUCUUUGAAUAUUACAUUUCGUGUGAAAUAUUCAAAGAACUCUUAGAAUGUGUUCAAUAUCUGCACGAAUCGAGACCACCGGUCAUUCAUCGGGAUCUCAAACCCGCAAAUGUAUUGAUUUCAAAAAAUAUUGACAGAAGUAAUCGUUUCAUAAAACUUUGUGACUUCGGUUCCGCCACUUUUCACGACAUGACAAUCACAUCCAUGAAUCACACCUCUAAUAUUGUAACUCGACAAUAUAUGGCACCAGAAAUAUUUCAACCCCGAUAUACAAUUAAAGUAGACAUCUAUAUUAUGAUCAAAGAGAAGAAUAUAAUUUAA